AUGUCUUCCUCUGAACGCCAGAUCACCAUCGGUUGGCUCCUGCGAAAUCAGGAUGAGUCUGGUGGUUUCUGCGGUCGGACCGGGAAGGAUGCAGAUGCAUGCUAUUGCUUCUGGUGUGGUGCCGCUCUGAAGAUACUUGGAGCGGGGGACCUGGUCGAUUCCGACAAGCUCGCUGCGUUCCUUGCGCGGUGCCAAUUCAAGUAUGGUGGCAUAUCCAAGGCACCUGGCGAAAAUCCUGACCCGUAUCACACUUACCUUUCGUUGGCGGCCUUAUCCAUGUAUCCUCCAUCGGUAGAAAGAGCCGGUGACAAUAUAAAAUCCUGGGAAUUUCAACCUUUAGACCCCUUGCUUAAUGCGAGGGAACAGACCGCAUUAUGGAUCCGAGAACAUGUACCAGCGAAACUCGUGUAA